UCCACAGAUGCUGCCAGACCUGCAGAGCUUUUCCAGCAUUUUCUGUUUUUAUUUUGCAUGUCCAAUGAGUGUUGGCAAUCCCAGUCUCACUGCACUGAGUGUAGCUCUGUCCUCAUGAUAUGAAGUUGCACAGAGGGGUGUUACUGGCCUGCCAGUGUUCCCCAACCUGUAGGUUAAGCUUGUCCUACCUUUCCAGGCUGGUGGACACAUUUAUAUUAUCUUAUCUCCGUCAAUGGGGUAGAGAAGCAAUCAACUGGGAAUAGGCAGCAACUUAAAUCUUCCAACUUCAAAAACAACCUCUCCUGCUGCCUGUGAGCAGCAAUGCCAAUCACUGAAGCAAGAGCCAAUUAAAACGAGUAUUUUGAUUCCGCCUUCAUGCAAACGCUAGUUUCCAGUUCCUUGCAGUGUUUUAGUUCACAGUCAGUAACAUAAGGAUUCGCCCUCAGACUCAGCUUGAAGUCGUGCCAAGAGCUUGCACAGUAAACAUCACCGGAGAUUUCUCUUUCUGACUGUUGCACACUCACACACGCAAGGAAGUUAGCAGAUGAAAGGAGAUUGAUGCAGGGAGGGAGGAAGCUAAUAAUGGAUAUUCAGAGCAAGAUAACCCGAUUCUUCGUCUGGACUGUCAUCCUGCUUCUCAAUACUGUUACACAAGAUCAGGCGACAGUGCUGAAGGUAUCGAGUGAUCACGUGGUCUACACAUGCCCAGAGGGACUGAAUGUCACCUUUAGGUGCAGCAUCUCUGGACACCUAAAGGAGAGGCAUGACUUCUUGGCCAAGUUAUGGUACUUCAGCCGCAGCAAGAACACCGCAUGCAAAGAGAAGGUUCAUAUCCGGAACACCUCGGUCAAAUGGGAGACCUACAAUCAGUACAAGGGCCAAGGAGUCUACAUGAGCUCAGAUCACAAGGGCAUGUUCUGGGUCACACUGAUCAACCUGGUGCCAGACGACGAGGGAGUUUACUGCUGCAUUGUAGAUGAGCUGCACAGAGUGAAAGAAAACAAACACCACCCAAAAAUUCAGUUGACUGUGCACGGGACCAUGGAGCUCAAGGUCACCCCUGGAAAUGGAACUCACACCUCUGAUCAAAAGUGCACUUUUCAUGAUGCAAGUGCAGAGUCAGGCACGGAAGCCACAGCUGCUGCACUGGCCACCAUGGGAUGUGUGAUUGGCAUCUUGUCACUGCCCUUGAUUAUGCUCCUCAUUUACAAACAGAGGCAGGGUGCAGCCACCCGGAGAAGAGCCCAUGAGCUUGUCCGGAUGGAUAGUGAGGCUAUAGGUGUGGAGAAUCCAGUAUUUGAGGAAAUUCCAGCUCAAAAUUCAGAAGUGAAACCAAGAGCACCAGGCAUCACCCGACUUCAAUCAGAAUCUGAUCGCCAUCUCCUCUCUGAACCCAACACUCCACUUUCUCCUGAGACAGUGCCACGCUUCUUUCCAGUACUGGAACUAGUGCCCGACUCCCCGAAGUGAUGCAGGCAUAAACUGGCAUGUGCCACGUUUGGGAUCAUGGCUGUUGUGGCAGAUGACUAGAAAGGUGAUACCAUCUGACAGAAAACAAUGAUGAACAGACACAAAACGAAAUGCAUUCCACUCAUGUAACUUCCAGCAGUUUUAUGUAAAAAUCAGGCUAUGUUGGAAAUCGCCAACAGUUAGUAUUACCGCCAAUACAUUUAAGUAUAUUGGUGUUAGUUGGCUAAAUUGCUUACAAAGCUAAUUAAGCAAUUAGCUGAUGUAAUGUGUGUCUGCCUACGCAUGGAAUAUCUGUACAGAUCUCCUCAGCUGUAAUCUCCCUCCUCCCCUCUUGACCCGCAAUAACCAGAUGUGAACAAUCACUGUCUAACACUUGACUCAUUUGGACCCUCAAAACCCAGAUUCUGAGCCAGAUCCGGUCUCUGUCAGAGAGGCAUGCCUCACAUAAGAACAGGAGAAAUAGGAGCAGGGGUAGACCAUAUGGCUCUUUGAGGCUGCUCCACCAUUCAGUACAAGGAAGGCUGAUCAUUGACCUCAUGCCUGAGAUGAAAAUCUCACAGGGAUGUGCCCCACGGCAGCUGAUGCGGAUGAGUGUGCAUGUGCAAGUGUACAACUCACUGCUUUCAAGGAGAUGAUUUAAUUAUGUCAAAAAAUGCUCUUCCAAACAAGCACAUUCCUGCAUAGCAACAGUAUUUUGUCAGAACUACCUCUCUAGGAAAUUUUAGUCUUCUGUCACUGGCUUUUGUGUCGUCAUGCCAACAUGAACAAUUUCCACCCAAACACACUCAAGUGGGUUGGGAAGGGAGGAGGGGUUGGGAAGAGAUGAAUAACUUGGUCCAACACCUGAGAUCCUGUGAGUUUCUAUACUUAACACAUGACGAAUGAUUCAUUCCCAAAUCUGGUGUAAGCCCCUAGCGUCAGUGAAAAUGCUGGCUUCUAAAUAACUAGUUACUUACCUCACUGAUCAAAUGAAGUUCCAUGUGGAGGUAACUUGCUAAACUUUGACAACAACAGGAGCGCUGUAUUUUUAAAGCCGGCUAUUUCUAUUGUGACAUUGUGGGGUUCGAGUGGUCAGUGUUUCCCAUUUAGCAACAUUUCACUUUCUAGAACAGUCUCCAGUGGGUUGUGCCAUCACAGCUGCAAGUACGAAUUAUUUUCUGUCAGUAUUAUUGUUGAUGUUGGUGGUAACAUUAAUUUUUCUUUUCUAUAUAACCAAAGAGCAAAUUUCAAUCAAUUACAGUGUUUAUGGGUGCUUAGGGUGAAACAGGAUUCCUGAAUGAUUGAGACAAGCACUGAUUAGUUUUAAAAAUCAGAAGUCACUAAAAAUUUUUACCUAGAGCUUGAUGUAGAAAGUUACAGGUAUGUUUAAUGGUUCUGAUCCAGUUUUUGGUUAAAGCUAUCAAUAUAAACCUGAAACAAUGAACCCUUUCUUUUCAAA